UAGUAGUCAGUUGAUAGAUAUAGCUUGUUGAAUAAUCAUCAUAGGUAGAAAAUAAAAAUAAAACGAAAAAAAGUUUCUUCUAUUUUUAUAACUAUUGUUAGUUUGUAAUAAACGAUUAUAUUAUUUAAAAUUAUAAUUAAUCCAUACUAUAAUAUGGUUUAAGCUAUGUAUUAAUACGUUCAUUUCAUUUUCAAACUUUUAAUAAUAUACACACCGUGAUAAUCAUGGCAAAAUCGUGUUUUGGGUGUUGUUCUAUUCGUCAUGGCGUUAGUUGUAUUUACAUGUUCAACAUAUUUUUAAUCACAUUAAUAAUAAUGGCCGAUUUCAUACACCGUUUAUCAAAUUAUUAUCAAUAUUAUGAGCAUACCAGUCUUGAAAAUACUACAUCACAAACAUUAAGUCCUGAUCUUUAUCCCGAUGAAGAUAUAUUAUUGAACUUCAAUUCUACGUCUAAAGACUUAUAUCAGCCAAAUAUAAUCGCACCGCUCCUGAGUGAAAUUUUCAUGGAUUAUAUAUUUAUAGUAAAAUUGGGAUGGAGUGUGAUGGAAUUCUAUUUAAAUAUUAGUCUGAAAGAAUCAACGUAUUCAGUGUCACCAGAAAAGAUUUAUGCUUGGUUAGUGAUUUAUUAUUUCAACUUGGGCUCAUCAAUAAUUUAUCAAAUCAGCAUCAUCUUCCCUCAUUACUUAGAUCAAGAUCUACAAUAUUUUAUAGGUUUCACCGAAAUAAUAAUUCUUGUGGUCGAAAUCUACAUAGUGCAGUCAUAUUACAAACAACAGAAGUUAGCUGCGGUAAGCGAUUUUGUCCAAUUAAAAUGGAAGUAUUUACCAAACAAUAAGACGCAAUCCGGUCAAAAUAAAUCUACAGUGAUAAUAAUAGCAGAGAAUCAAGAAUCACAAGACGAAUCCAGUUACAUCCCAAUAUUUGUAAAAGAAUUGCGCCACGUAAAUUCUUAAAAUUGUUUAACGAAAUUGGACGGUAUUUCGUCACAGACUACAAUAACAGUUUGCUGUGUAGAACAUAAUAAAGCGUGUCUUCCAUA